AUGACAUAUGUACAGUCCGGAAUGUGUGGGAGUGGACAUGAGCAUGAGCAGUUAUGUCUGAGACAGAAGCGCCAGUUUGACCAAAGCCAGAGAUCCUUGUCAGGCCGUUCUGGAUAACUGCACGUGAUAUGAGUGCAGCUGGGGAAACCAAGAGUGAUCUGAGAAAGCUGCUUUUGAUUAGGACUAUCUCCCCAGGCCAACUGUCCCAGUCUGGGAUCAGACCCAGAGCGGAAUUACUCAUUGACCUUUGAUCUAGAGGUAACGGGAGAGAGGAAUACACAUUAAUAUUGACUGACUGAGUGAGGAGAGAAGUUUCACUCACCACCACGUCCCCCGCCAGCACCCACGUCAACUCUAUGCUCAUCAACUUGACAGUGGCCAUCAAGGAAACUUGUGCCUUUCAUGGAACACGGUCUGCCCACCACGCUGCUGCCCCAGAAGCUGUGGAAGUGACGGCCAUGGAUUCACGUCCAGCGCUGGUCACUCCUCCACCACCUUCCGUAGCACCUCCACCACCACCUCCUCCGCCGCCGCCGCCUCCUCCACCACCUCUACCCACACCCUCUUCUUCUUCUUCGCCUUUUAGUCGAGCUGACAGUGCUCGUCGGAGCCGACUGAGGAAGCUUAACUGGGAGCGAAUCCCCAAAGAAAAGGUGGAGGGGAGGAAUAGUGUGUGGAGUGGGGCGGCCCCGGGUGAGGAUGAGUUCCCCAUUGACCUCCAUUCUCUGGAUGAGCUGUUUGGUCAGAAGGACAAUAAGCCUCUGGACAGGAGCGGCACCCUGAGGCGCCGCUCUGUUCUGCUGCGCUGCAGAUCCCCACAGGACAGCUCAGAGGAGAUCUCUCUACUGGACUCCAAACGCAGUAUGAACAUUGGAAUAUUUCUCCGUCAGUUUAAGAUGCCUGCUAAAGAGAUAGUUGAGGACAUCAGACAGGGUGUUGGGGGCCGUUAUGCAGCGGAAAAGCUCACAGAGCUCUGCAAAUUGCUCCCCGACAGUGAGGAGGAGUCCCGCCUGAGGAGGUUCAGUGGCGAGCGGGGCUGCCUUGAAGAGCCUGAUCUUUUCAUGCUGCUGCUGGUGGAAGUCCCCAGUUUUCGGCUUCGCCUCGAUGCCAUGAUCCUGCAACAGGAGUUUGACCCUGCUGUGACCUCUCUGUGUGUGGCGGCCAGAUGUCUGAGGGAGGCGGCCAGAGAACUACUGAGCUGUCCUGAAUUACACUCCAUCCUUCGUCUGGUGCUGAAAGCUGGGAACUACAUGAAUGCGGGUGGAUAUGCAGGGAAUGCUGCUGGUUUCCGAAUUGCAUCGCUGCUCACACUGGCUGACACCAAAGCCAACAAGCCUGGCAUGAAUCUGCUGCAUUUUGUAGCCAUGGAAGCUGUAAAAAAGGACCCGAGUUUAUUGUCAUUUCCCAGCCAACUGGGUCAUGUUGGCUCCGCCUUCAGGUUGUGUGAGGAGUCUGUGCUGGAGGAUUUAGCUAAGUUAAAAAGCAGAGUUGUUUCCCUCAAGGCCAACAUCCAGACUGAAGCAGAGAUUCGACAGCACACACAACUUUUCUUGGAGGUAGCAGAAGAGCGUCUGAAGGAGGCAGAGGAUGAGGUAGAAGGUAUGAGAAUGUCGAGUCAGGCUCUGGUGGAGUUCUUCUGUGAGGAUGACAGCACUUUCAAACUUGAGGAGGCUUGCCGGGUCUUCCAUUUGUUUUGUCUCCGCUUCCAGAAAGCUGUCCAGGAGAAUGCAGACCGGGAACUGAAGGAACAGAAACGUUUGGAGCGUCAGCGUGAGAUGGGGGAGAAGCGUCGCUCUCUGGCUGUUUGUACGGGGCUGGACCUUGGCCUGAGUCUUGGCAGAGACCCUCACUGUCAGGAGGAUGAGCUGGAGAAACUUUUGGAGAAGAACCUAAGCUACACUUGGAGCCGUCGUAGCCUGAGAAACUCUGAGUCCCGCAGACACUCACACCACCUCCAUGUUACAUCUGUGCAAAAGAACUUCCCUGAGUUGGGCAGCAGCCCUACAUUGAACAGUUAUCACUUAAACAGUUCCUCUGACCACGACAACAGCAUGGUUUGUAGCUCUCCGGACACUGAUGGCACAUGUUCCCCCAUUGACCAUGAGCGUGUUCUGAGAGGAGGGAACUUGGUCAAGCCCAGCCAAACAGAAGCAGCUCAGGAUUCACAUGUUGCUUUAUUUCCACAUUACACAGUCAAAGACUGCGUUCCCUUUGUGUUACAAGGCCAAUCGAAGGAAAGUAGACUUGCAAAACAACAUAUAGCUUUGAUAAACACUGAAUCUUCUCCCAGCUCCUGUGCACAAUCUGCUGCUAUACAUACAGACACAACUGCACUAUGUGUUAAAACACAGGCCUCUACGCAUAGACAAAGGUUUGGCCCACCAGUAUCAGACAAUAAUCGCUCUCUUCUGGGUAAAUCAAAUAACUCUCUUGUCAGUGAGUCUGUAGCGGAGUCUGCUCGUACAAGUAGAAUACCCUCUCAUAGUGACACUAACUGUACACUGUCAAGGUACCAGAGAUCUGAGAGCCAAUCACAAGUAUCUCCAGAUAAAACCCAGUCACAAUCACAGAUAAGCACUGUGACAAGUGCCACGAUGCCUUUGCCUGACAAUGGACUAACAGGUCAGACAAUUACAGAGGGAGUACCUACAUCUGUGGACAAGAACUGGAUUCCAUCCAGUCUCCCAGAGUUCAGCCAGUCACAGCCAGAGGAGUACGCUGACCUGCCAAGUCCUGAGAGGGAGAUUUCAAAGUCAUACUCCCGUGUUGGUGAAACACUGGAGUGCCACACAUUGGUGAAAGGCCUCCGAUCCUAUGACGCCUUGUCACCCCCAACCUCUCCACUCCCACGACCUGCACCAACUCUCUGCUCCAAAUGGAGGAAAGAGAGGAAGGUUGACCUUCAAGAGGGGACAACUACAGGCUCUCCUACAUCAAAAGACAGUCAAACCAUAAAGACCCCCGUGCGUAGUGGCAUCGGAUCCAAAAGAGGACUCGUGUCACGAGCAGGACCUUCCAGCAACACAGGCAUUCCCAGGGUCCGCUCCAAAACGGAGGCUUCAAAUGCUGGUCCAGCCACUACAAACCCUCCCAGUCCUAACCGACUGUCCACAACUGGUAGCAUAUCAAUACGCUCAUCUCCCAUCAGCCGGCCUGCCACCAUUCAGGCAGAGGUGAAACGAAGUAAUAGCACACGGGAGCGGACUGUAACUGAAUCACAGACUUCAGGAAAGUCCACUCUGACCCGCAGGUCCUCGGACAGAUCCGUAUCAGAGAAAGUGACAGGUAGCACGCCGCCAGCCUUUGUCAGAGCGAGUCCUUUCCGCGUGUCGAAAAGACUCGCCCCAAACUCUGAGACUCAGGUUUUGUCCCAGCCUCACACUGCUCACAGCCCAUCCUCUGCCACAGCCAAGACAAUACGCACUGCUGUCAUAUCUGCAGCCCGAAAUAAAACUGCCAAGGCCAUAAGCACAAGCUCCUCUCCUGCUAGCUCUAAAAUACCUUCACCCUCUCGGCUACCUGGUCUCAAAAUGUCUCGAGCUACUGCAGCUCAGCCACUGUGGAGGUGAUAGAAGUAAAUGAAUGCCUGUACUGUGCAGUUUGUCAUAUCUUUAUUUUGUGUACUUCAGCAAAAUAUAUGCAGUGUUGGUAAUAAUGAGCGGCAUGUCAGAAAAUAGCUGAUAUCAGUUCUCGCUCACCAUUAGUUAAUUUAAAUUCAACCUUUAUCAUGUAUGUAUUUCCAGGUACUUAGGUACUAAGUGAAACAGCGCUGCACGGGGUGCAACUGGGAUAGUUGAUCUCGUUUGUUGUAGCCACUACUCAAUAUGCUGAACAGAUCAUUUAAAUCCUACCUCCUUUUACAUGUUCUUGUGUCCUUUGCAGGCAGUAGGACACUACAAACAGACCCAUGGUCAUAUUUAGAACAGUCUAACAUGCCGUGUAUUUCAUGUUAGUAAAAGAGAUUCAACCAAGUGAACAGAGUGUGGUUGGAGUGUUUCAAUCACUCUGGCAUUUUAGGAGUGACCCUUCUGCUAAGUGAUCACUGCAUUCUCACACUUCACUGUCUCCCAAUCUGAACUUAAUUCAGCACACUAUUGAAUUGCUCGCCCUAUUGUUGGGAGGCCUCAUCAGUCAGGUGCACUUUACAAACUGAAGAAGAGGCUUUGAGGAGAUGAUGUCUAAUUUCUGUUUUAUAUCAAAAUAUUCUAUAACUUUAUUGAAUAGCAUUGGUUGUUAUUCAUGGCAUUAAGUGGCUUUGUAAAUAAAAGAAGGUGAAUAAACAUGGUAAUGUGAGAAAA